GAUAGUGAAAGUAGUCCCAUGAUCAACACUGGGCAUUAAUUGGAAUAAAAUUGAAGGAUCUAGGAAGAAGCUGUAGCACUGUUUUGUUCAAGAUGAUCAAGGCUAUUUUGGUGUUCAACAAUCAGGGGAAACCUAGAAUAUCAAAGUUCUACACUUACUACAAUGAAGACGAGCAGCAGGCUAUCAUCAAGGAAGUCUAUCAUCUGGUCUCUAGGAGAGAUGAUAAUAUCUGCAACUUCUUAGAGGGGUCUUCUAAACUUGGGGGAGGUGAUUUCCGGCUCAUCUACCGUCAUUAUGCCACUCUCUAUUUCGUAUUCUGUGUGGACUCUUGUGAGAGCGAGCUCGGAGUGCUCGACCUUAUUCAGGUGUUUGUAGAGACUCUUGAUCGCUGUUUUGAGAACGUGUGUGAGCUUGAUCUCAUCUUCCACAUGGACAAGGUUCAUAACAUCAUGAGUGAGAUUUGCAUUGGUGGGAUGGUGCUGGAGACUAACAUGAGCGAGAUACUUGUCCAUGUGGAUGCUCAGACUAAACUGGAGAAGUCUGAGACCUCGCCCACCAGUGCCAUUAAGAGUACAAUGUCGUCUGCUCCCAAUAAAGCACUGUCUGCAGUCAAGAACAUUCAGAACUCUGGUCUCAAGCUACCAAGUGCUAGCAGCCUCAAGCUGCCAUCUUUUAAACUGCACUAGUGUGUUUAGAAAUAGAUAGAAGUUUAGUUGCUUUGUAUGUGUGUGUGUGCUCAUGGUUUAUAAAAUUUCUCGAGGUACAAAAAACUUGGUAUUAUGCAUGUGUACAUAAACGAUUAUUACCAGCAAGUGUGCGUUAAUUAGAACAGUGUAUUUACCUGCUACGAGCCCCGCCCCGUUCCUCUUGCGGUACUUGAUAUACACAAUAAAAGCUGUACAAAAGGGAAGCUUUGUUCACACUACCUUACUCUCCCGACAGUCUCCUCCACCAUACUAACACUCAGACAGAUGGCCAGCGACCCUACCGACCUACCUACAGCAGAGGCUGACUCCUUCGGUCCUCCCCACGCUCACGCUGUGUCUGGCUCCCUUCACCUCUGGAUCAUCCUGCCAGGGCUGGCCAUAUUGGUCCUCGUAGGAUUCAUGUUCUACAAGCUCAUCCGGUCCCAGAACGACAGAGAGAGGAAGAAGCUGGAGAAGAAGAAGCUCAAGCAAGAAAAGAAGGAGAAAAAGAAAUCAAAAUAAUCUUUUAUAGCUAUGGACAAUAGGAAAAAUCAUCUUUUAUUUUUGGCUGUAGACGAUAUUUACAACUAGGUAUUACCUUCACUAUUUGUAAACAUGACCCACCACAUGUUUAAAAUUUACAUUACUAUGGCAACAAGAA